UCUUUCUAAUUACUCUUCCCUUCAAUAUAUACAUCGAGCUUCUUUCGGUGCUUUUCCCAAUCCCCUGCCUUUUGCUGUGAAACCUUCCAAACAGAGGCCAAAUGGGUAAACAAUAAGAAGAUGAUCAGCAGCAGAUCCACCAUGGCUGCGGCACUUACUGCUCUCAGCUUCCUUCUUACCUCUCUGGUUUUCAACACCGUGUUAGCAACCAGCAGUGACAGAAAAACUACUCAAGAAUACUUUAUCGGAAGCAGAAGUGGUGAGGGUAGAAGCAAAAGCAACAACGAAUUUCACAGUAAUUCCAUCAAACUCCGAUGUCAGAAAUCAACAACCACUUCUCAUGCGCCACUAACUUUACCUCAAGAAACUGCAACUUUGGUAUUUGCAGACCAGAGGCUUAAGGCGGUCUACCCUGUCAUCCAAAAAUUCAAAUCCAUCAUUACCUCAGAUCAUCUGGGCGUUACCAAAUCCUGGGUAGGCUCAGAUAUAUGCAGUUACAGAGGAUUCUACUGUGACCACCCCCCAGACAACCAAUCUGCAAUAGCUCUCGCUUCCAUAGACUUUAAUGGCUUCCAAAUUGGCGCUCCUACUCUCGACGGCUUUCUUGAUCAGCUUCCUGAUAUUGCUCUCUUCCAUGCGAAUUCCAACAAGUUUUGCGGCACCAUAUCUCCCAAUAUUUGUAAACUCCCUUAUCUCUACGAGUUUGACAUAAGUAACAACCAAUUCUCUGGUCCAUUUCCCAUGGCUGUCCUAGGCAUGAACAGCCUAACAUUCUUGGAUAUUCGGUUCAAUCGAUUCUCUGGGUCAGUCCCACCUCAAAUAUUCACAGAGAACCUCGACGUCCUCUUUAUCAACAACAACAAUUUCAUGCAGAUGCUUCCCGAUAGCCUAAGCAUCUCUCAUGUUCUCUAUCUCACUCUAGCCAACAACAAGUUCACGGGUCCAAUCCCAGGAGGUAUUGCAAAAUCUCUGUCCUCUCUAACUGAGGUCCUGUUGUUUAACAACCAGUUGACAGGCUGUCUACCUUAUGAACUAGGUUUUCUAAAGGAAGCCACAGUGUUUGAUGCCAGCGAGAAUCAUUUGACUGGUCCUUUACCACUCUCGUUGGGUUGUCUGAAGAAGGUGGAGCAGUUGAAUUUUACCGGUAACCAGUUGUAUGGCAUGGUGCCGGAGGUGGUCUGUAAGCUAGAGAAUUUGAUGAAUUUAUCAUUGUCCUCCAAUUAUUUUACGAAUAUAGGGCCAUAUUGUUUGUUCUUGAUUGAGAGAGGAGUGCUUGAUGUUAGAAACAACUGCAUUCCCGGUCUUCCAUCUCAAAGAUCAGUAGUUGAAUGCGUGGAUUUUCUCUCUUACCCGAGAACUUGCCCCUACAUGUGGAGUUAUACUUACAUACCCUGUGUUCUUCACUUCGGCCCCCCUGUAACUUCAAUUCCAGAAAUGGCUCCUACACCCUGAAAUGGAGCCAAUUUCUUACCCUGUUUAGAGAA